UUAGGAAAGAAAGGAGGGUCUGUGUUCAACGAGUGGUGCAAAACACAGAAAAAAAAAAACGUUUAAAAAUGGUGAGGACCAAGGCUGACAGCGCUCCUGCAACUUACAGAAAAGCUGUUGCUGCAACAGCACCCAGAAAGUCCCUAGGGGCCUCCAGCUCUGCAAACACACCUGCCAACUCGUCUGCAGGCACACCUUCCAAAAAUAAAUAUGCAGGUGGCAACUCUGUGUGCCCCCGGCCAACCCCGACCUGGCAGAAGGGGAUCGGCGACUUCUUUGGUGGUCCCAGCAGCCGUCCGGAGAAGGAAAAGGAAAAGGAGAACCAGUUCCCCUCGGACGAUGAGGAGGCAGGGGGCAGCGGGGUGGGGAAGGCACCCAGGAAAGCCCGACCUUUGCCUGAUGAAGAGGAUUGAGGUUUGAUUCCUUCAGAAAAUUGUUUUAAAUAAAGCCAUGCUGGAUACUUGAAAGGGCUAUAAUUUUUACUAUGUAGAUCCAUGUAUAUAUAUAUAUUUGUGUAGUAUGUUUGUCUGUUGUACAGAACAUAAAUAAAA